AUGCGCAACCAAUCAGUAAUAGUGACUGAAUUCCUUCUGAAUGGAUUCUCUGAUACUCAGGAGCUGCAGACAUUUCAUCUCAUUGCUUUUCUGCUCAUUUAUUUGAUGGCCCUUGUAGAAAACUUUCUCAUCAUCACUGUUGUCAUUUAUAGUCAUCACCUUCAUAAGCCCAUGUACUUCUUUCUGGCCAAUCUGGCAUUGCAAGAUCUUGGCUCCAUAUCUGUCUCAGUUCCCAAAUCCAUCACAAAUGCAUUGAUGGACACAAAGACUAUUUCAUACAAUGGAUGCAUCUGCCAAAUUUUCUUUUUCUUCUUCUUCACUGUAUCUCACUUUUUCCUCCUUGGCAUCAUGGCGUAUGAUCGUUACAUUGCCAUCUGUAAUCCACUGCGAUAUGAAACUCUGAUGAAUAUUAAAGCAUGCACCCUAAUGGCAAACAGUGCAUGGAUGGGUGGGCUUGUCUAUUCCACAGUAUAUACUGGAACUACAUUCACAAUAGAAUUCUGUUCCAAUCAUAUCGGUCAGUUCUUCUGUGAAAUCCCACAUCUAUUCAACAUUGCUUGCUCUGAUUCAUAUAUGAUUGCAUUUUGGGUUAUCUCUGUUGGUUGUUCCAUGGCUUUUGUUUAUCUGGCUUUAAUAAUUUGUUCUUAUGUUCAAAUCUUCAGAGUAGCUCUAAGAAUUCCUUCAUCCCAAGGAAAGCAAAAAGCCUUCUCAACUUGUUUACCACAUCUCAUUGUAAUAUCCUUGUAUUUUAUAAGUGGUUCAUUUGCCUAUCUAAAACCAGUGUCUAGGUCCCCCUCAACAACAGACCUUGUGGUUUCUAUGUUCUAUUGCAUGUUGCCACCAGUAAUGAACCCAUUAAUCUAUAGCAUUAGGAAUAAGGAACUCAAAGUAGCAUUCUGGAAAUUCACUGCCAAUCUUUUCCCCUAA